CACACUAUCAAAACAUUCAUGUGUGAACUCGCGUGAUGGAAAAGUGUCAUAAAUUUUAGCGAGAUGCUCAAGUGAUUAAAUUAAAAUUAGUGAUGACAAAUUAAUGAUGAUAUUUGCCACGGAUUGACAUGAUGUUAAUUUAUUGAUGAAGCAUGAUGGAAAUUAUCGUCUUAUUCAAGAACAUCAUUAACUCUUGUUCAUUUACUUUUAAUUAAGUUGGAAUGAAUAUUAGUUAAUCGCUUGUUAGAUUAAUGCUCUAAUUGUGGAGCAUUAGUUGGUCGUGUAAUGUACAGUGGAGGUGAGAACAGUUCGUUCAGUGUACAGAAAAGUGUACAUGCCAGCCCUGGGCAAGACCAAGGCUGGACUAACCUGCUGAGUUCACCUCAACUUUCCCCUCAACAUGACAGACAUGGCGCCUACACAGACUCAGAGCUGCUCUGCACCAGCUCUGACGCUGCUCUGAUCGUCCCCGCGGAGCUCGCUGCCCCCGACGUCCAAGUCAAAAUAGAGGCGACACAAACUCCCGAAUUCCUCAAAGAAAACUUUAUUGAAUGUUCAGACCCUCUGAAAAACAUUAUAUUUUCUGAAUUAAAAGACAAUAAGUUGGAUAUAAAACUUCUAGAAACUCAAGGUGAUAAAUACGGAAGCUUUUAUGAUAACUUCUCUGCAGUCACACCGGAUUUGUGGUCCAAAUCCAUCGUGAAAACCGAAGUUCAAAGUGAAUUAAACUUGAAUGAGAACUCGAGUUGUGUUGACCCCAACUUUGAGGUCAGUAAAGCCGAAAACGGUGACGACACUCACAGCAGAAUCAACAACAGGAACAACACCACAACAGAAGUGUACGACACCAACAGUAGAAUCAACAACAGGAACCACAACACAACAGAAGUUUUCAACAGAACCAGCCCAGCGUCCUGUCUUACGUCUGGCAGUGACGGCUCGUCGGCAGCGUCCAGUGAUUGCCGACCGGUGGCCGUACCUACGUCAGAUCCCAGCUUCUCACCUUUGCAAAUUCCUUUCCCUUCCCCCCUUCAAUCCAUUCAAUCCUCGACUUCACCUUUAAAUCCACUAACGCCUUCAUCGUGCCCUUCUUCAAUCUCCUUCUCCAAGUCAGACCUUCUUUCUUCUUACUCUCCCACACUCACCUCAACUACUUUCACCCCAACUUUUCAACCACAGUCUGUCCCGUCUACUCCUUCCGUCAGCGAUCCUCCUACAAUAUCUACUUCCAGUCUACCCUCAAGUCUACUCAGAUCUUCGUUAUAUGCAAGCGACGUCAAGCCAGGAGAAACUGCGUAUCAAAACGAGCUUUUUUUCAGUUCAAGUGCAAAUUUUCGGAACGUCGAGACAGGAAUUGGUUCUUCGGUCGGCGUACCCAUUGACCCCAGCCCAGGCUGCAGUCCUUCUACAGGUGAAUCGCGCCCGCUUCACCAGGCUUCAAUGCUUACUUCAACUCAACCAAAUCUCAACCUGCAGUCCAACCUGCCAAACUACACCCAAAUAUCCAACCAAAUUUCAACCACCCAACCACAUCAAAUACAUCAGCACUCUCUACCUAACCCAGCUCACAUCACAUCUCCUAACCUCUCUCUACCACACCAAGAGAACCUAUUACCUCAACCCAACCCAUUUCCAACCUACGAUUCAACCUACCAAUCGUAUCACGACCAGCUGUUCAGGAGUGGUAGUAACCAUCUGAGUAGUAAACCAUCGCACCAUUUACCAGCUUACAACUAUGUAGGCCAGUACCAUGCUAAUAGUUCAGUGGUAGAUCAACAUAGGGACGGUGAACAACAUAGACCUAUGACAUAUCUUGAUCCGAAGACGUCCCCUGAGCAUCAACAACAUUCGCAACCAGACUCAACUCAAUCCAAGUUGGAGGACGCGCUGUCGGACGGCGAGGCAGAAGAAGCAGCGGACGGCGACGCGGACCCGCCGAGCAAGAAACGCAAGCGCCGGAUCCUCUUCAGCAAGGCACAGACCAACGAGCUCGAGAGGAGGUUCCGACAGCAGCGCUACCUGUCGGCGCCCGAGCGGGAGCACCUAGCAGCGCUAAUUAGCCUCACCCCCACACAGGUAAAGAUAUGGUUCCAAAACCACCGCUACAAAACAAAGAAACAAAGAACGGACUCUAACGGGCCAUGUUUAGGGGGAAUGAUGGGCCCGUUAUCACACAUGACGUCUCCAAGACGAGUUCCCGUGCCCGUGCUCGUACGGGACGGUCAGCCAGUUAACCCGUCCGUGUCCGGUCUCCAUCCCACUCAAAAUACCUCCAUGAACGGUACGUCUGCAAUAAACGGGUCAACGGGCGUCAACGGGCCAUCUGGAAUCGGUGGGUCAGCGGGACUCAACUCAUCGUCGGGACUCAACGGGUCGCUGGGGCCCGUUCAAAACGUCGGGAAUUAUUCCCAGUUCUUGGAAUAUUCCCACCAGUCCAUGGAGUGCUCGAACCAGGCUCGUGGUUCUCAGUCUCACGCUGGGUUCAACCAUUCGAGCUUCACAUCGAACUUCCACCCAACGGUGUCCUACAGUCAACCCUACCAAGGAUCUUUUUAUAGCAACCAAGUUUUGGGACAACCGCACGGUUUGGAUGAAAAUGGCUCAAAUUUCUCUCAAAUGAUGGCCGCUCCUUCGUUUUAUCCAUCCGGAGGACUGAAUUUCACUGGGGGACAAACCACUUGAGAAUUGGACUGGAUAAAUGAUCCAAAGUAGAAGGUGUAGACUGGAACAUUUUUCCUCAGCUGGGUGAGUGGACUGGAAAUUUUUUCCCAACUGAGAGUUUUGACAGAAAAAAAACUUCCGAGCUGCCAGCGUGGGUAGAAAAUUUGGUCUAACUGGUAUAGUGCGGACUGGAGUAAAGUUCACCAGCUUAUUAUGUGUUCUCUAAUUAUAUUGGCGUGGAACUUGAGAUGAAACGGAAAUCUCGGCAAAUAUCUGCGUAUUUGUGACUCGUGAACGAAAAAUGAAUAAAAUUUUUUGUUUUAUUUACGUUCAGCAAUGAAUA